UAUGUUUGGAUAUAAACUCUUCACAAUAGUAAGAGAAAAAUCUGUUGUAAUAGUAGAACAAUUAGGUAAAUACCACAGAACUUUACAACCUGGAUUAAAUUUCCUCAUUCCACUUAUUGACAGAGCAGCAUACACCUAAUCUUUAAAAGAAGAAAUCUUACCUAUUGAAAAAUAAUAAGUGAUAACUAAAGAUAAUGUAGCUAUUCAUCUUGAUGGUAUUGCAUUCAUUCGAAUUAUUGAUCCAUUUAAAGCAUCUUAUCAAGUAUAUACUAUAUUUAUUUAAAUAGGUAAGUGAACCAUAAAAUGCUAUUAAAUUGUUGUGUCAAACAAUUCUAAGAUCAGAAAUUGGUAAAUUGAAAUUAGAUUAACUUCUAUAAGAAAGAUCAGCAUUGAAUCGUGCUUUAUAAAGUGGUCUAAGUAGAGCUGCAGCAGAGUGGGGUUACACAAGUUUGGGAGUUGAAAUAUUAUAAAUUGAUAUACCUGAAGAAAUUAGAGUUUCUAUGUAAGCUUAAGUUGUGGCUGAAAGAAAUAAGAGAAGAGAAAUUUUAGAAAGUGAAGGAAAAUAAAUUAGUGAAAUUAAUAUUGCAACAGGUGCCAAAACUGCUUCCAUCAAAAUUGCAGAAGGAGAUGCUGAAGCUGUUAGACUUGUUUCAUAAAAUGAAGCUAAAGCCUUAAAUUAAAUCGGUGAAGCUCUAUAAGAAUAAUCAAAAAAAAGAGUUUUGGAUUAUAUUCUUUUAUAACAUUACUUAAAAGGAUACUCAAGCAUUUUGAAAACAUCUAAAGUUGUUGUUGUUCCUAAAGCAAAAGAAGGAUAAGGAAAUGAUUUUAUGAGUUUAGCUGCAAUGAUGAUGUUUAAUAAUUAAAAUACUUCAGGUUAGAAAAUAUUUGAAGUUACUUCAAAACCUAAUGACACAACUAACAACUCAACAUCAUCCUAAUAAGAAAUUAGUAAAUUGACUUAAGAUUAAUUGGAUAAUCUUAUAAAGAAGAAUGUCUAUUAUAAUGACCCAAGGUAUUCAUUUAAAAUAUUCUUAGAUUAUAUUCAGAUGAUGAAGAAAGAAGAACAAAUUGAU